AUGAAUUCAUAUUUUGAUAGUGAUGAAGAAAUCGCUUUUGGUCCAAUUAGCUUGAAGGAAAUCAAAUUCGAUUUGAAUAGACCCAGAUUCAAAAAAGUAGACAGAAGACAUACUACUGCCCUCAAAAUAAUAGAUAACAAGGAGGCCAAAAAAGAGCCUGCUCCUGAAGAGACAAUGAAACCUGGAAUUGAAAAUAUUUCUCCUGUUCCUGACGAUUAUUUCACGGCGAUAGAUUCUGCCAGAUCAGAGUUUUGCUCAGGAAACAGAAACUGCAUUCCUGAUUCAUCUGUUUACUUUACAGCUGCUGAAAGUACAAUGGCUUCCCAAAAUACAGACUGUCCUUACCUAUCAGCAGAAAAUACAAUGUGUUUCGUCAAUGCUGCAUUGAACCUCAAAACAGAUUUUGAUUUAGAAGGAGACAUGUCUAGAAUGCUGGUGGAAAAUACUGUCUAUUCACAAAGUAAUAUUCCUGUAGAGAAGCUUGAUGAAAGCCGAGAUGAAAGCAGUUGCUCCAACACCAGUGGGAAUUGUGCCAAAGUUUCCUCUGAAAAUAGCAACUGCAAGAAAAAUGCCACUUGCAUAUUAUCAGAUAGCCUAGAUAGUGCAGAAGAUGAGGUUAUUAUUAUUCUUUCUAGUGAUGAUGAAUCUUUUGAUGAAAAAGUUGAGGAACAAAGUGAUGAGCAAUCAAUUUUGAAAAUGAAGGAAGAAAAUCCCAGCCACAUCUUUGAUGUGAGCAUUGAUCAAGAUAACUAUUCCUCAGGAAGUAGCAUAGAUGAAGAAAUUGCUCUAAGGCUUACUAUCAGUAGCAAUUCUAUAUCUGAUGAGGAGGUAAAUGAAAGUGUGAACAGCAAUGAUUGUCUACUAGAUUAUAAAGAUAUUGAAAGGGGGAGUUUACUGGAUGAAUAUCCAGAAGAUGGCAAAAAUAUCCUGAGUGUAAUUCCUGAGGAAACAAAGUCUACAUAUGACCUUAUGGAGACAAGAAAAAAUACAAUGGCAUCAAUUGAGGCAUCAGUCAAUCCCUCUACUUCUUGUAGAAGGAGUCUUUCUGAUAGUUUUGUCUCAGCUGAGGAAAAAGCAGAUAAAGAUGAAACGCCAGGAACAAGAAACGAAAGGGAUAUUUCCGGCAUCACCUUACCAGAAAUUGACUUGGCACAGUUUGAUGAAUCUAGUCAACUCAAUGACACUAUUGAAUUGAUGGACAGGAUGUUGAGACAAGCGGAACAAGCAGAAAGUACCAGAAAUAGAAAAGAAGAAGAAAAAGAAAAUCAAGAUAUCGAAAAUAAUUGGCGUUUGAAGACAGACGAUAUAAUUUCCGCGUCUUUUCUGCAACAGGAAACUGCCCAUACGAAAGAUAGAAGCCCUUGCGGUAGUCAAAAAAGCCGCAUACCAACGUUGAGAAGACGAUCACAGUCGCUGGAUGAUUUCAAGGUUCCUCAGACUCCUUUGUCCCAAAAAACGCGUAGCGCUUCGAAACCAUUAACCGGUUUCAAAAACAUUGCCAGCCCUGUAGGGCUCUAUAUCAAAUACAGCCCGAAGCCCUUGUUGCGGCAAAAUGUCAUUCACAAAGAGAUUUCUACACAGGCGACACCUACCACAACGAAAACCCUGAAAAACAAAGACUUGAAUAAAGAAAUAGGUUUUGUCAGGUAUAAACCAGCGAAAAAGCAAGUGUGUACAAGUGGAAAUAAGCUGUUUUGUCCCCCCUACAUACAAAAGAUGAUGAAGGAUCCCUUGGUUAUCAAACAUGAGAAAAAGAUAGUUAAGCAAGAGUCCAGCUUUAUAACCGAACAAAAAUUAUUGGCGAAUGACCUUACACGACCUUCCAUAAGCGAUAGUUUGCUGAAUGACUCGAAUCAAGAUGUGUCAAUACUGAAGGAAAAAACCGCUCUCCGGAAAUGA